UUCACUGACCAUUUUGCAAUUGAUUGUUCCUUCUCACGGGUUCCUCGCACUCCCACACACUCACACUACUACCAUCACUACUACUGUUCUUUUCUACCCCAUUCUUUUUUGUCAAUUCUUUCUUCUUCAUUUUCUCUCUCUUUCUUUUUCUUCUCAUUUCUUUUGUAAUAAUUAAUCUCAUCUUCCUUACUCUUCAUUUCACUUCUCUAUCAAUCAAGGUUUGUGAAACAAUUAUUGAGCUGUUGAUCUGAAAUGGGUCUAACAAAGAAAAUUAAGAGGCUUUUCGAUUAUCAAGAAUUUGAUGAACAAUGGAGGGUCUCGAUGCGUUGGCUCUGGGUUGGCGGCGGGUACUUGCUCCUUUGUUAAGAGAGAAUUUGGAUUCUAACUUAGAUGUUACUCUUUUAAUUUUUGUGAUUUUUUCUGGGUUUUGAUUAAUGUAUCAGUUGUAGGAUUAGUUUAAUUGGAAGAUUAUAAAUCGUUUUUUAAUGGGUUUUUUUGGCUAUUUGUAAUUUGCUAAUUAAGUUUAGUGCAAGAAAUUUUAGUUUGAUUGUGAUCAGUGGGGUUACUUUUAGGGAGUAUUGAACACUUAACAGUGUGGGAAUGAUCAAUGAUUUCAGUAUUGAAGGGUUUUGAUGAAGUCUCCGAGUAAGAAAAGGAAGGGUGGGGAAGUGGUUUUGAAUGGGGGGAGGUACUUGUCAUCGAUAGCAAUUUCGAGGUCUCAUGUGUCUCUAGAAGAUUACUCAAGGUUAAGAAAAAGGGGCAAGGAAGAUGUAGCUAGAGAUGGUGGUAGGUUGUCUGAAAGUAGAGUGAGUGGCGUUGUCACUGCUCCCCCCUUAGGUAGCUUGCCUUCAGGAUCGCCCACGAGAGGUAUCAAACGAAAAAUAGGUUGUAUAGAUGCAGCUACAAGAACAGGAAGGAAGAAAAAGAUUGAGCAGGAUUAUUAUCUGGGUGCAGUGAUUGGGAAAGGGAAAUUCGGGUCAGUGAGAAUGUGCUGGAGCAAAGCAAGUGGUGAGGUGUUUGCAUGUAAAACUUUAUCCAAGGGGGAGGAACCUGUGCAUCGAGAGGUGGAGGUUAUGCAACAUCUGUCUGGACAUGUGGGUAUUGUCACACUCAAGGCAGUGUAUGAGGAUGCUGAAUCUUUUUAUCUUGUGAUGGAAUUUUGCCCUGGGGGAAGGUUGCUUGACCAAAUGGCAAGAGCAAGACGAUACUCUGAGCACCACGCUGCCAACAUACUAAAGGAACUUGUUAUGGUUAUCAAAUACUGCCAUGAUAUGGGUGUUGUUCAUCGUGAUAUUAAGCCAGAAAAUGUUCUUCUUACAUCCUCGGGGAAGUUGAAACUUGCAGAUUUUGGCCUUGCAGUUAGGAUUGUGAAUGGUCAUAGCCUGUCUGGUGUGGUUGGAACUCCGGCUUAUGUUGCUCCUGAAAUUUUGGCGGGUGAAUAUUCAGAAAAGGUGGAUAUCUGGAGUGCUGGUGUGCUUCUUCAUGCUCUUUUGCUUGGUGUUUUACCCUUUCAAGGAAGCUCUUUGGAAGCUUGUUUCGAGUCCAUUAAGAGUGUGGAUAUUAAUUUUGAUAAUGGGUUGUGGUUAUCAGUUUCCCAGCCUGGUAAGGAUUUAGUUGCUCGUAUGCUAACAAGAGAUGUUUCAGCAAGACCAUCUGCUGCUGAUGUUCUAAAACAUCCAUGGAUUUUGUUUUACGCUGAUCCACCUUUGAAGACACUGACUUAUAAGUCAACACCGAGCAAAAGUAGGAGAAUGACUUUGCGUGACGUGACUGUAGAAAAUGGGAGUGAUACAGAGAACAAGAAGGACAAGUCAAUCGGUUCUCAUCAAGAUGACUCAGACAGUAACUUGUUAACAAUUAGUAGUUCUGCAAAGUUUGAAGAGGACAGUGGAUUAGUGGAUGCUCUUGCAGUUGCAGUUUCCUGCAUGAAUAUAACUGAAACAAAGAGAAUUAGGUUAUGCAUCCCACCCACUUCUAUUUCACAUGACUGUUCCUCUAAUAUAAAACCUAAUCUCUGUACAGCUUUCUGAUCUUUCUAAAGUGUCAAUAAUCUGCUUCUGCUGCUUACUGAUUUAAGCUACUGCUGGUGUUAACUUAACCAAGGUAAUGUUACUACCUCAGAGCUUAUUAUAUCAGAAACUUUAGGGUAACUACUAUGAUUUGUGACAUUUUUUUAACCUGUUAAGCUUUUAUGCUCGGAGAAAUGGAUUCUGGUAUUCUUUCUAUGUGUGCAUAAGUUCCUCUGUGACUAGCUGAAGUGAUGUAAUUAAUGGGAUGUGAAAUAUGUGAUUAUGGUACUGACUAUCUUUUUUAGA